UACCGGAACUCGCGUUAGGUCGAAUUUUCCGGUUCCGCUCAUGCCGUCGUUGUGUUUCUUUGACUCUUGAAAGAACACAAUGUUUUAUCACGUUUCUCUAGAGCAUGAAAUCUUGUUGCAUCCCAGAUAUUUUGGUCCGAAUCUCCUCAACAUUGUCAAGCAGAAACUCUUCACUGAAGUAGAAGGGACAUGUACAGGGAAAUAUGGCUUCGUCAUCGCAGUUACGACGAUAGACAAUAUUGGAGCUGGGAUGAUCCAGCCCAGUGCAGGAUUUGUUCUGUACCCCAUCAAGUACAAAGCUAUUGUGUUCCGCCCCUUCAAGGGGGAGGUGUUGGAUGCUGUUGUCACACAGGUCAACAAGGUUGGGCUCUUCACUGAAAUUGGCCCCCUAUCCUGCUUCAUCUCCAGACAUUCUAUUCCUGCAGACAUGGAGUUUGACCCAAAUUCAAAUCCACCUUGCUACAAAACAAAGGAUGAGGAUAUUGUGAUUCAGCAAGACGAUGAAAUCAGAAUCAAGAUUGUUGGCACAAGAGUUGACGCUAAGGACAUUUUCGCAAUUGGAACUCUUAUGGAUGAUUAUUUAGGUCUUGUGAGCUGAGAAGUCAUUGCAAGAUCUGUCUCCGGUGUACAUAACAGGGACUGCCACAAGAUCGGGCGGGGUUUCAUGUGUCUUGUCUUCAUUGCAGCAUGUUGCUGUAAAACUUCAGUGUCAGUGGUGGACAAGUUCACAGGCUUCACAGUCUACUGAGUGAAUGAUCAGUACAUUGUAUGGUUUAGAUUGAUUGGUUUAAGCUCUGGUCUUCAACACAAAUUGAUGAGAUAUUGUAAUUCUUGAAAGAAAAGAAAUAAAGGAUAUGAUGUGACACACCA